AACAAGAAGAUAAUUUCACAUUAACUUGGAAGCUUGGUCGAGAUGUGGAAUUGUGGUACGCUUGUGUUUUGUAGUAUCCUAGUACUGGUGCAAGGCCAAGAUGAUGAUUGGCUUCAGGUGAAUAUAACACAAGGCCCAGUGCGCGGCCGUAAGGAUCCUGAUGGUGGUCUCUACGUGUUCUACAAUAUACCAUAUGCUACUGCACCCACGGGGAGAGACAGGUUUAAGCCUCCCCUUCCUCCACCGGUAUGGAUGUCACCGCUCGAUGCUGUAAACAGAAACAUCCGCUGCCCGCAGCCCAACGUACUAGAGCACACGCAGGAAGAUUGCUUGGUUGUCAACCUGUUCGUCCCCGAUACCACAGACACCAAUCUACCCGUUUUGGUGUUUAUCCAUGGAGGAGCUUUCCAGAAUGGUCAUGGCCUUUCUGGUCAAUACCGAGAAUUGGUGCGAACAAAUAAACUAAUUGCAGUCUCAUUUAAUUAUAGAAUAGGUGUCCAUGGAUUCCUAUGUCUUGGCACUGAAGGUGCCCCUGGCAACGCAGGGAUUAAGGAUCAGGUAGCACUACUACAUUGGGUAAAUACCAACAUUGCUAGAUUUGGUGGUAACCCACAAGAUGUGACACUGGCCGCCUGCAGCGCGGGUUCUGGUGCGUUGGAUGUUUUGUCACUCUCCAGUGCCACCACAGGCCUAUUCCAGAAAGCUAUUUUAGAGAGUGGCAGUAGCACAGGAGCUGUCGGUGUAAUAAUUGAUCCCAUCCAAAAUGCGAAGAAUUACGCUAAAGUACUAAAUUUUGAUAAUGUCGAUGAUUUAGAAAGUUUAGAAGAAUUUUAUAGAACUGCUCCGUUUGAACUAUUGACUUCUCGUGUUGAUGAAAUAGUAGACAACAAGGAUACUGCCGUUCGAUUUGCUCCAUGCGUGGAAAGAGAUAUUGGCGAGGAGAGAGUUAUCACAGACGCACCGAUGAACGUUAUCAAGCGUGGUAAUUAUACUAAGGUCCCUCUGUUAUAUGGAUUUACUAACAUGGAAGGCGCAAUGAGACUUCCUUACUUCGAUACUUGGAAAGAUCAGAUGAAUGAGAAGUUCUCAGAUUUCUUACCAGCGGAAUUGCAUUUUGAUGACGACGAAGUGAAAGAACAGGUUGCUCAGAGAGUCAAAAACUUUUAUUUUGGCGAUAGCGAUGUGGGUGAAGACACAAUGGUAUCAUUUCUUCUUUACUUUACCGAUGUGUUAUUUGCAUAUCCAAUGUUGAAAUCUUUGUCAGCUCGAGUAGAAGCUCUUGGCGACACAAUUUAUCUGUUUGAGUACUCGUUUGUGGACGAAGAUACACCAAGUUUUCCACAUACUGACGUUCGUGGAGCUCAACAUUGCUUCCAAUCAAGAGCAGUUCGUGAUCAAGACCUUACCGGUAGAACAGAUGCAUACAGGCGGAUGGUGCAAAUAGCCAGAGAAUACACAUUGAACUUUAUACUGACUGGGGCACCGACAUCAAGUGACGCACGUUUUCCAUUAUGGCGACCAGCGAACGCACAAAGAUCUCCACAUAUGUCUAUAGGUCCCGUCAUAGAGCUGAGGGAUGAUAUUUUGGGAAACCGAGCAGCUUUCUGGGAUACCAUCUACGAGGAACACUACCGAGGUCCAUUGGUACCUGAUAGCUAUACUGGUGGUGCAACCUCCACAAUGAUUUCUAAAAUAAUAAUCUUAAUGACAGUUACCAUUGCUGUUUUAAAUUGGUAGCAAAUAAUAAGCCAGAUCUGUUCGAUAUGAAACAUUUU